AUGGCUGACGCUAAAGGUCUCGAGGAGAUCCCCGAGGGACAGAUCGAGAGCAACUACGAUGAGACCACCGACAGCUUCGAUGCGAUGAACCUGAAGCCGGAGUUGCUUCGUGGUGUCUACGCCUACGGUUUCGAGCGACCCUCUGCCAUCCAGCAGCGUGCGAUCAUGCCCGUUAUCAAGGGCAAUGAUGUUAUCGCCCAGGCUCAGUCUGGUACCGGUAAAACCGCUACUUUCUCCGUUUCCGUCCUCCAGAAGUUGGACCCCAAUAUCAAGCAUUGCCAGGCCUUGAUCCUCGCUCCCACCCGUGAGCUGGCCCAGCAGAUCCAGAAAGUCGUUGUUGCCAUUGGCGACUUCAUGAACAUUGAGUGCCAUGCCUGCAUUGGUGGUACCAGCGUUCGUGACGACAUGAAGAUCAUCUCCGAGGGUGUCCAGGUCAUCGUCGGCACUCCUGGCCGUGUCCAGGACAUGAUCCAGCGUCGUGCUCUCAAGACCGAUACCAUCAAGAUGUUCGUUCUUGACGAGGCUGAUGAGAUGUUGUCGCGCGGUUUCACCGAGCAGAUCUACGACAUCUUCCAGCUCCUCCCGCAGUCCACCCAGGUGGUUCUGCUCUCUGCUACCAUGCCCCAGGACGUCCUUGAGGUCACCACCAAGUUCAUGCGCGACCCCAUCCGCAUCCUUGUCAAGAAGGCUGAAUUGACCCUCGAGGGAAUCAAGCAGUUUUAUAUUGCCGUUGAGAAGGAAGAUUGGAAGCUCGACACACUCUCCGACUUGUAUGAGACCGUCACCAUCACCCAGGCCGUCAUCUUCUGCAACACCCGGAGAAAGGUUGACUGGCUCACCGACAAGCUCACGGCUCGUGACUUCACCGUCUCCGCCAUGCACGGUGACAUGGACCAGGCUGCUCGUGAUGUUAUCAUGAAGGAGUUCCGCUCCGGAUCUUCGCGUGUCCUGAUCGCCACCGAUCUUCUUGCCCGUGGUAUUGAUGUCCAGCAAGUCUCCCUGGUCAUCAACUACGAUAUUCCAUCCAACCGCGAGAACUACAUCCAUCGCAUCGGUCGUGGUGGUCGAUUCGGCCGAAAGGGUGUUGCGAUCAACUUCGUUACGGCUGACGAUGUCCGCAUGAUGAGGGAAAUCGAGCAGUUCUACAGCACUCAAAUCGAGGAAAUGCCCAUGAACGUUGCCGAUCUCAUCUAAUGAUAUCAUGAUUCAUGACCAUUGGCAAAGGGAUGCCAUUCGAAUACAGUGGUGUUUGCGGCAUUAUGCCUUUGCUAAGGGGUUUGGAUUGGAAAUGAUGCGAGCC